CAACGCAGAGUCUCAACAACAAUACAUAUAGAGAGAGAGAGAGAGAGAGAGAGACAAAGAAGCAGAGAGGUUUAGAGAGAGAGUCCCCAUAGAAGAAGAAACGAAGGCGACGGCGUUUCCUUAUCGGUACCAGCUAGCUCUGAUUAGGCAUCCGUUUGGAUUGGGUUUUUGUCAAUAUUCUCGGGAAAACGCCAGGGAAAAUGAUCGGGGAAGCCAAGGAUCCGGCGAUCACGCUGUUCGGCAAGAAAAUUACGCUGCCGGAGAACGGCAGAAUUCCGGCGGUCUCCGCAGAGGGAGAUUCUAGGUCUGGUGAUGGCCGGAGCUGCGGGGUGAGUGCUUGUUUGGAUUCCAAGAAAGUCAGCAGAAAGAGCGACGAGGAAGAAGGAAAAGAGCCAGAAACUGACAAGGAUUUAGUACCAGAGGAACCCACUGAGAGCAAACAAGAAAAAUAUUCUCAGGAUUCAAUCUCCAAAGAGCCCUCAAAUCCAGAAACAAUGGCGGAAUCUGAUGAUAACCCAAAAACGCCUUCCAAGAGUGAAAACGAGCUUAAAUCACAGCAGAAACCGUUGAAGAAGCCGGACAAAAUUCUCCCCUGCCCGCGCUGUAACAGCAUGGACACGAAAUUCUGCUACUACAAUAACUACAACGUCAAUCAGCCGCGCCAUUUCUGCAAGAGCUGCCAGCGGUACUGGACCGCUGGCGGCACCAUGAGGAACGUUCCUGUGGGAGCCGGCCGCCGGAAGAACAAGAAUUCCGCCUCGAUUUGCCGGCAUCUCACUAUCUCCGACGCUCUACAAGCCGCUAGGAUUGAUGCUCCGAACGGAAUUCACCCAUUCAGAGCCAAUGGCACGGUUCUGUCAUUUGGAUCCGAAGGUCCAAUCUGCGAAUCCAUGGCUUCAGUGCUAAAUUUAAUGGAGAAGAAGGCCCCAAACGGCGUUUGUAAGGAAAAUGGCAGUGAUUGCUCGAGCAGUGGGGGAUCUUCUGUCACGAGUUCAAAUUCGGUUGAGGAAGGGAUGAGAAACGGAUUGGUUUCUCAAUUCCCCUGCCUCCCUGGCGUUCCCUGGCCGUGCCAGUGGAAUCCAGCGGUUCCCUUGCCGGCCUUCUGCCCGCCGGGCUUUCCAAUGCCGUUCUAUCCGGCCCCAUACUGGCCGGUUCCCUGGUUGUGUCCGGCUUCCCCGACGGGAACCCAAAAACCAGGUCCCAAUUCGCCAACUCUUGGAAAGCAUUCCAGAGAAGGAGACCUGCUCAAGCCCGGUGGCCCAGAGGGUAAAGACCCUGUGGAGACGAGGAAUUUGGAGGGAUCCAUUUUGAUUCCGAAAACAUUGAGAAUCGAUGACCCUGAUGAGGCUGCAAAGAGUUCCAUAUGGGCAACUCUGGGGAUUAAGAAUGAUUCAGCCAUCGGCAAAGGAGGCCUCUUCAAGGGCUUCCAAUCCAAGGCCAACGGGAAGAGCCACUUGCCGGAAACUUCCCCGGCGCUCCGGGCCAAUCCGGCAGCCCUGUCCAGAUCCCUCAGUUUUCAGGAAAGGGCCUGAGCUGGUUUUUCCUAGAAAAUGUCUUCAAAGAAAGCGGAAAAUGUCAGUUUUGUUGACAGAAACAUGCUUUACACUUGCACUGACUGGAAGGAUGAAGUCACGGUUCCUUGCAAGUAUUUGGGGGGCUUAAUCUAAGAGAAGCCAGCCUGAUUUCCUGUAACCUUAUGAAUGGUACCUUCAUUUUCUUUUCCUUUUCUCUUUUUAUCUUUCUUCUGGGUAUUGUGAGCUGAUGUAAAUAUUAUAUAUGUGUGUGUGUGUAGAUAUAGAUAUACUGACAUAAUAGGUGGAGAGUUUUCAGAUGUAGCAAACACUGAGAUCUGGAGAGUGACUCUGUUUCCCAUUUUCCUCGUGGAUAUAUAUAUAUAUAUAUAUAUACAUAUAAUGGUGCAUUCCAUCUUCAGAA